CACCUGUGCCAGUUCUCCACACACCUGCUCCUCGUCUCCUAUCACUCCAGCCCCAGUGUAUAAAGCCUCUCCUUGUCUCAUUGUUCUUGUCAGUCCAUUGUUGUUGUUUGUCAGCGUGUUGUUCUGUCAGUCUGCCCGUGUUUUUGGAUUUUGGCUCCCUGCCUUUGGAUUAUUGUUAUUUUGGGACUCAUCCUACAAUAAAAGGAUUUUCUUUUCUUCAUAUCCACUCCUGCCUCGUGUCAUCCUGGGUUCUGCAUUUUGGGUUCUAACAUCCCUUCAAAUCGUGACAAGAACCAGAUCAGUUUAACCUUCACACUAAUACUGGCCAGAUUCUCCUACCUGCACAUGAAGUACCUGUUCUUCUCCUGGCUGGCCGUGUUCGUGGGGAGCUGGGUAGUUUAUGUGGAAUACUCCUCCUACACAGAGCUCUGCAGAGGCCACGAGUGCAGAAACUCCAUAUGUGAUAAAUACAGAAAAGGAGUCAUCGAUGGUUCCGCCUGCAGCAGCCUGUGUGAGAAGGAAACACUUUACCUUGGGAAGUGCUUCACCGCCAAACCCAACAGUCAGGUUUACUCAGGGCACUGGGGAGACCUGCAGGGGGUCGUUAAGUGCCAGAUGGAAGAGGCCCCUCAUUAUGACUUGGGAGGUGAAAUGGAGCCUAGAAAAGAAGCCUCUGCCUUCAACAAGCCAACCAAAGGAACGUCAGUGGAGAAGUUCAGAGAGAUGAUAGUCGGCCACUUAAAGGCUAAAGUGGAGGACCAGGCCAACCUCGCUGACCUGGCGACACAUGUAUUAGCCGUUGCUGACGCUAAUAAAGAUGGCCACAUCUCACUGCCAGAGGCCCGCUCCACAUGGGCCCUGCUGCAGCUCAACGAGUUCCUGCUGGCAUUAGUCCUGCAGGACCGCGAGCACACACCAAAGUUACUUGGCUUCUGUGGAGACCUGUACAUGAUGGAGAAGGUGCCAAACUCCCCUCUGUAUGGAAUCAGUCUUCCUUGGAUUGUCGAAGUAUGGAUUCCUGCUGGUCUGCGCCGCAGCAUGGACCAGUGGUUCACCCCGUCCUGGCCUCACAAGGCCAAGAUCUCCAUCGGCCUGCUUGAGCUGGUGGAGGACAUUUUUCACGGCACUUUUGGCAGCUUUCUCAUGUGUGACGUCAGCACCGCUACUUUCGGAUACAACGACCGGCACGACUUUAAAGUAAUGGACGCCCGUUACAUCAUUCCCGAGGCCACUUUCCAAGAAAGAAUCAGGCAGCAGCGCUGUGACGCAGACGAGGACUGUCUCUACGGGACCGACUGCCUCACCAGCUGUGACCUCACCAAGCACCGCUGCACACCGGAGGUCACCAGGCCGAACCUGGCUAAAGCCUGCGACACCCUGAAGGACUACAUUCUGCAGGGUGCACCGUCGGACGUGAGCGAGGAGCUGGAGAAGCAGCUGUACGCCUGCAUCGCUCUGAAAGGUUCGGUAGAACAAAUGGAAAUGGAGCACUCGCUCAUUCUGAACAACCUCAAAACUCUGCUGUGGAAGAAGAUCUCACACACUAAAGACUCCUGAACCAAUCUUGUUGAAACAGCACUUGUACUCCAUUUUACAUGUAUGACUGUUGUACUUUAGGUUGUAAAACGGUUGAUCACUACAGGAAAAGACGGUUUUUUUCAUAACCAGAAUAAAAUAAAGCUUGGCCAAGGAACCGGCACAGGUAAUGUGGGACAUCAUAGCGCAUUAAGGAGUCAUCUCUACAUCUAAAACCAACCUGCUCUUUUGCAGUUUUAACUCAACUGGUGAUUAUAUUUGUUGUCAGAGCUGAACCCCGAGUGCAACGUGAACACAAAAACACCAGAGCACACAUUCUUUUCCCAUAUUUAUUAGAACAAAGUUCUGCAUUUGAACCAAAGCAGACAGACGCCUUAUUCUGCAUCCUCCUGUUCCUGAGCACGGAGGAAGCUGGCCUUCUUCUGGGCGACUCGGUCUUUCCUCUGAGCCAGAGACAGCUUGGCACGGUUCCACCUUCAUCACAAAAGGACAAUUAAUAGUUUUUUGUUGUUUUUUUUACAUACAGUGGCAGGUUUUUAACUCAUUCACUGCCACUGACGACUAAAGUCGUCAUUUGCAGUUUUUUUACUGUUUGAGCAUCGGAACGAGCCCCCGCGCUGAGAGAACAAACAUCUCAGCCCCGAAGCCGAUCUUCAUCCACAUACGUCACAGAUCACAUGAUCAGGAAGCAGACCAUCCAUGUAUUAGGAGAUCGUUUUGGGCCGUUCCAGUAAAAAAAGUGAGGUGCGAACCGGAAAAGCGUCUGCCGAUCACAAUUCAACGGAUUAUGAAUCAAAUCAAAUCAAAGCUUUAUUUAUAAAGCGCCUUCCGCAACCCUGUCAGGAAGCCCAAGGCGCUGAAAGAACGUAUGAAAGAACGGAUAACGCUCGAAACACACGGACUCUUCCUGAUGUAAGAGGUGAGUCUCCUCUUUGUUUUGGUUGUUUUGGCAUCGACAUCAUGCUACCGCGCAACGUUCUGUGACUCUUAAAAAAACAGUAAAAACGUGAGAAACGCUGGCAGCAAAGUGAUCAGGAAACGGCUGGCAGUGAAUGAGUUAAAAGACAAACUCUUUAAUUACAGCAAGGAGCUCAGAAUCCAUAUUUUUCUCCGAUUGAAGCAACUUCGACCUGAGAUUUAGAAACACUCUGGUUCUGACUCCAAUUUCUCAGUGAGUUUGUUAUUGUAUCGAUUCUCGAUUAAGACUUUUUCAAGAGGCAGAACCCAAAACCUUUACACGUUUUAAAGAGCCAGCAAACCCAAGGCCUUACUUGGUGAAACAGUCUGAACGUCAACAUGAAUUUUAACUCUAGGAACAGAAUCACUGCAUGUUUUUACCUUUUAAGAGGGGGAAAAAAAUGUGCAGCACAAUCGGUGAGUUUGUUUCUGCAGGGUAGCUGCAGGUUUAAGGGAGCCAAAUUUAAGACUUUUUAAGACCUUUUUUAAGGCCACUUUGACCAAAUUUAAGCUAUUUUAAAAAUUAAAUUUAGCAAUAAUUUCCAGCUAUUGCCUGGAACCGGUGCUAACCACGUCGCUAACGUGGGAUUAGCCAUCCAGUUACCAUUAAAAUUGCACUUCCCCAUGGCGCAAGCUCCCACUAGCUUAACCAGCUAAUGUGCUCAUCUAAAAAUAGCCCCCUUUCACAACCAACUGACUGCGUACGGUUCCGCUUACGUCAACAUCGUACACAAAAAAAUGCUGAACACUAACUAGAAAUUCACGAAUUUUUUAUAGAAAUAAAAGAAUCUUGUUUAUUGGGUCUUUGGUCAUUUAAGACCUUUGGAAACUGGAUUUAAGGAUUAUUUGUCCUUUUUAAGGACUUUUAAGGCCUUAAAUUAGGAAAAGCUAAUUUAAGACUUCUAAGACUUUUUAAGGACCCGCGGACACCCUGUUCUGACCACAAGUUUUAGGUUUCUUGCUCACAACCCAAGGUUUAGAAGAGAAGGGGCUUUUUGGAUGAUCCGGCCGUUUUCAGCUCAACUAAAGUUCACGUCCAGGAUGACAGACUCUACAGCAACAAUUCAAUGGUAACUUAAAUGUGGCUGCUGUAAGAAACAAACAAGUUUAAAUCGUUAAAAGCUCUCAACGCUAUAGAGCAGAAGAGCAAAGAAGAAUUGCACAACUUUGCGUGCCCAGCGUUUGUUCUUUUAAACUGCCAUUCAUGACAAAAGUCGUCAACUGCGUUAAACGGGGCGGGCUUGAGAGUGAACAUCAAAGCACUAAAGUUAAUUUACAUCCGUGUGUGUCACACGAUCAGGAAGAAGACAGAUCAGUUUUGGGAUGCCGCUAUGCCUGAAGCGAGGCGCUAGCUGGAAAAACGUAUGCAGCUCACACUUUGACAAUGGCAGCUAGAAACAUGCCGAUUCUUCCUGAUGUGAGUAGUGAGUCUACCCUUUUCUUGAGGUAGUUUUGGUGUUUACAUGAUCAUAGAGCACAAUGUUCUAUGGCUCUUCAAAUAAACAGUAAAAAUGCUCAAAAACGCUGGCGGUCAGGGGCUUUCUGAUCGGAAAACGGCUGCCAGUAAUGAGCUUCUUCAGACGGACAACAUGUUCGGCAGACAUGUUUUGAACUUUGCCGCUGGGCGAGACGUGACGCCGCCCCUAAAGCCUACAAAGUAUGAGCGAGAGCUGAUCAGCAGGGAUUAUAAACUUGGAAAGCCACACACGACAUUUUGUUCCCAUGGAGAUCGGCUAAUUUUGAUGGGCGGUCGAAGCCACGCUUCAGACCGCCUCUGCACAUUUUCCAUGAAAGCACGGCAACAUUAACACUUCCAGCGCUUCGUUAGUAUUCGGCUGCAUCUUCCUGUCAGCGGACGGAGAAUCGAGAUGUAAAAAACUGAAUUGUUCUUGGAAAAACGGGAACAAUUAGUCCUGGUUCCAAUCUAUGCUCGACACCCAACCCUAAUAAAAAGUGUCUUCUCA